CUGGUUCCCAUGGCAUGCUGGACUAUCACCAUGUUUCCACACGCAUCUUUUCUUCUCCUUUGCUGUCUCUUUACAUCUACAGUAUCUGCCUGCUUCGACUAUCAUGUCCCUCAUAAUCACACCCACCAGCCAUCUCGUCGUUGGAAUGUGAUAUACGGCGACCCAUAUUCGCAGAAAUGGCCCGAUGGCAAGAUCAAAUACUGCUUCAAGGACAAGAUAUCCAGAGACAAAUUAAAGAAGCCGGUUGAGCAAGCCUGGAACCUCUGGGUGACCGCUGGAGUCCGCAGAGACAUUCAAAUGGUCUGGGACAAGAAGUAUUGUACCGAAGACGACGCAGACGACUAUCUCGAGAUUUCAUACAACGACCAGUACAUACUGAGCACGUCGCCUGGAAAAUGGAACUAUCUAUUGUCUCAUCCGACCAUGGCGCUCGAUCCUCGCGACGACUUUGGCUCGGGCAGUGGGAUCUCCAACAUUGCGCACGAGAUUGGCCACGCCUGGGGGUUUUUCCACGAGCAUUCCCGGAAGGACCUGUGGUCGCGAGACUAUGGAGGCACAGCGGAGCACAACACGUUCACCUGGAACUGCCAGAACCUCAAAGACUACCCGGACAAAGCGAAGGAGCACCCGAAUUUGAUUGACAAAAUGUGUCACUACAACACCUUUGCGAGGACGUACAAAUUCUCGGCGUUUAACUUUCUGCCGGAGCCGGAUUCAAGGCACGCAGAAGGCGCGUUCGAUGAAGACUCGAUCAUGAUGUACGGCUCGACGGCGGGUGCGGUGGCUGGGAAAACCGUCUACACCAAGACCGAUGGAUCACUGCUUCAUUACAAUCGAGCCCCCAGUCCACUGGAUGUCGCCAAGCUGAAUUCCAUGUAUGAUCCGCCGGAUUCAACCGGGCAGCGGAGUGGCCUUUUCUGGUCGAAAUCCAAUCCGAACUCGAAUUUGUUCCGUCGUAUCGUCGGCAAGAAGGACUGUAAAUGACCAGACCGUAUUCUUGAGUGUGAGAUAGACUUGGCUAGUGAUAGGAGUCAUAUUCGCAUGAACACCAUUUUUAAAAUACCGCUAGACUGAAAGAACCAGACAUUCCUAGUAGCCUGUCCUAGUCAUCUCAUUCAGGAUUCAGAGUCGACACAUCCGAAAUAACCAGAUGUAUCUCACAUCAAUUGUUGGUUGCAUCAAGAGGUG